AUGGCCAGAUUCCGCACAGAUUGCAUAGAGGGACCCCUUCGCAUCUGUUUUGAGAUGAUGGGUCAUUUUAUUGGAUCUCAUCCCUGGUGGUUCUUGAUUGGCCCCCUUAUUCUCUCAACAAGCCUGGGGAGCGGGUUUUAUCUUCUCGAGGACACGAUGUCAAACAAUAUCGAAGAGCAGUUCACACCUGUCGAUGGGCGAGCCAAGAUGGAGAGGAAGCGCAUCCAAGAAACGUUUCCAGGAAACGAUUCCAUGUUUUCACGUUUAAGACUGAGCACAGAUGGAAAUUAUGCAACUCUCAUAGCUGCAAGUGACAGAAACAUUCUGACUGAGGAGUCGCUUCAGGACGUCCUCGACUUGGACUUUAAAGUUAGGAGUAUGACAGUGCAGUUUGACAACCGCUCAUUUGAAUAUGCAGAUGUUUGUGCCGAGGCGAUGGGGUCCUGCGCCUCUAAUGACAUUUUAGAUAUCAUUGAAUACAAUGCCAGCAAUAUAGACUCAGUCAAUUUGACAUUUCCGUGGCAUUACUGUGAUUCUAGGAGCUUUGCUUCAUAUUUAAAUCUGGGGAGUGUGAAGCUGCAAAAGGAGAGCUCGCUUGUUGAAAGCGCUAAAGCCAUACAGCUCCAUUACUACUUACGGGAGGACAACACAACAAAAACUGACCUCUGGUUGGAAAGCUUCAUCCGUUUGGUCUCAAACAAAUCCUCAGCUUCCAUUCAGGUGUCAUACUCCACCUCCAGGUCAAUGCAGUGGGAAUUUCAAAAAUCCCCAGCUUCCGUCAUCUAUUUGUUCUCCAUCGCCUAUGCCAUAGCCGUCACAUUUUCCAUCACAUCAUGCUGGAGGUUGGAUAACGUGAGGACGAAGGUGUGGGUGGCGUCCUGCGGGGUGCUCUCCACAGGUCUAGCAGUCCUGAGCGGUUUUGGCGUGCUGCUGUUGCUGGAUCAACCUUUCGUCAUGACAGCUGCCUCGUGUCCUUUCAUGAUAUUAGGUAUUGGACUGGAUGAUAUGUUCAUCAUGAUCUCUUGCUGGCAGAGGACCCGUGUCCUGGACAGCGUCCCUGAUCGCCUGGCUGACACCUACAAGGAUGCUGCCGUCUCCAUCUCCAUCACCACCCUGACAGAUGCUCUGGCUCUCUUCCUGGGCUACAACUCGCCCUUUGGCUCAGUCCAGUCCUUCUGUCUGUAUGCUGGGAUUUCUGUUUGCUUCUGCUAUUUGUACACCAUCACUUUCCUGGGCGCGUGCAUGGCUUUGAAUGGACAGAGGGAAGCAGAGAACAAGCACUGGUUCACGUGUUCCAAAAUCCCCGAGGACAGACCAUCCACAAACUCCAAGGCCUUCAGUAUCUGCUGCGUUGGUGGGAGCUACAAUCAAAUCACUGAAAAGGAAGAAACUGAGCCAAUGAGUCACUUUUUUGGGCGGUUUUAUGGCCCAUUUCUGACCCACAAAUUAGUGAAAGCAUGUGUUUUUGUCAUUUAUGCAGGCUACCUGGCUGUUAGUGCCUAUGGUUGCUUUAUCUUAAAAGAGGGACUCGAUAUCAAGAACCUGGCUUUGGAUGAUUCCUACAUCAUCAAUUACUACAACAGUCAGAGACAGCACUUCUCUGAAUAUAGCUGUAACGUGAUGGUAGCCGUGAAGCAGCCCGUUCUUUACUGGGAUGAGGAUGAAAAGAAGCAUCUGCGUUCAUGCAUUUCAAAUUUUGAAGGUUUGGACUUUGUCAAUAGCACGUUUGCUUGGUUUCUUUCCUUUGAACAGUAUGCAAAUGAAACCAGUCUCAAUAUAAGUUCCCAAGAGGCUUUCCAAACACAUCUGUCCCAUUUCUUAGAACUCAACUCUGCGUUCAAACAAGACAUCAACUUGACUGCAGACGAUGAGAUUCAGGCCUCUCGUUUUUUCAUUCAGACACUCAGCAAAACCACAAUGACGGACAUGAUGACCGGACUCAGGGAAACGGCGGAGGGCUGUCCGGUCGAGCUCCUGGUGUACCACCCUGCUUUCAUCUACUUUGAUCAGUACACUGUCAUCAUAGACAACACGGUUCAAACCAUCCUGGUGGCCGUGAUUGUGAUGCUAGUGGUCUCACUCAUCCUCAUACCCGAUCCUCUUUGCUCCGUAUGGGUGGCUUUUGCGAUUUGUUCGGUCAUUGUCGGUGUGACAGGCUUCAUGGCGCUGUGGGGCGUAAACCUGGACUCCAUUUCCAUGAUCAACCUGGUCAUGUGCAUCGGUUUUUCUGUGGAUUUCGCAGCACACAUUUCUUACUCUUUUGUCUCCAGCCACAAGAGCGAUGCUAAUGAGAAAGCCAUCGAUGCCUUGGCCCACUUGGGCCACCCGAUACUGCAAGGAGCAUUGUCCACUAUUUUAGGAGUGGUGGUGCUGUCCAUGUCUGGGAGUUACAUCUUCAGGACAUUCUUCAAGAUUGUGUUUCUUGUGAUGACAUUUGGGCUGCUGCAUGGCUUAGUGUUUGUUCCUGUGUUUCUGACACUGUCCGGGGCCUGUGUGAAACUCUGGACUAACUGA